AAAUGGCGGCUAUACAAGAGUGAAGAAGACAUGAGCAAUCCGCAGGCUGAGAGCGUUAUUCGUAACAUUAUACAAGAGAUAUGUGCUCAGUGCAGUGGUAAAGGACAGACUAUCUCUGAAACAUUGGCAGCAUUCAUAGUCAAAGCUGCAGUCCUAGAUCCUGAAAAUGAUUUUAACGUAGACAGGACACUAACAAAAGAUGACGUUGGGAAAUUAAUAGCGAGUUGCAUUAAAAGAUUGAUGGAUUCUGGCUCGCCAUCACUAGACACUAUUAAAAUGCAGGUCCAUUUUGACAUGAAUUAUUCAACAAGAGAUGAAUUUCUUAAGGAGCAUCAUCGUGUACUAAACUCAAGACUGCAACCAGUGGUGAGAGAUAUCACUGAUGCUAGAGCUAGGGGAAGGGAUGAACUAGAGGCUUUAUAUAGGAAGAUUGUGUCUUAUGUUUUAUUAAGAUCUGGUCUUGGAUCCCCUAGUGAUAUUGGUGUUGUCAGAGAAGCUACUGCUGCAUUGCAAAGUGUUUUCCCUCAGACUGAGCUAGGAACUUUCAUGGCUCUGACUCGUGAAGACAAGGAGAAGCAGCUGAAGGAAUUAAGCUACAUAGUGACAGGAAUACGACUGUUUAAUAGAGACUGUGGUAAAGGAGGAGAAGGAAUUGAUGACUUGCCUGAGAUACUUAAAGAUGCAUUGAAAGUCACUAAUAAUAAUCUUGGAACUGAAUUAAAGAAGACUUUGAGGACAGCUUUCCACCUAACAGGUGUCAUAUUGAGUUUGUUGGAGCCUCUUCCGGCAUCACCAGAUGUACCACCUCCAUUGAAGAUGAAACAGUCCCUCAUUAAUGUCAGACAGCAUGAAUUCUUCUUAAAGAUGCUAAUGCAAGACAUUUCAGAAUGCACGCAGCAUGUGAAUGACCUUGAAACUGAAUUCCAAAUGAAAAUGCAGCAGCUACAGGAGACAGUGCAAGCUAAAACUGCCGUACCGACAGCACAAGUUUAUCCAUUGUUUAUAGCAUUGGCUCGGUUGUGGUCUGGUUUUCAAGACGAGGUUGUCCUUCUCAGUGUAUUGAGUAACAUCAUCACAUCACUCUCUCCAUUCACAUAUAAUGCUACCAGUUUGACUGAGACUGAUGAAUUUACAGCUCUUUUAAAAGAUGCCGAUAUUCUUACUGAUGAUGAAAGAAAGGAAAGAUUGUCAGGUCCUGAGCAUUGUAUUGAUCCAGAUAAGAAUCGCAGAGCUGAGUUUGUCUUCCCUGAUACACUGAGAGAUUUCGAUCAGCUCCCGAUAGAGUUUCAAGGAUUUUGCGGCUAUCAUUUAACAGUCAAUGACAGGUUCCUAGUACCUGCUGUCCCCAGUAUUGGCCUAUUGCAGUACAAGGAUCGAUUCUAUGCUUUCUCAUCUCGUGAGGCUGCUGAUGUCUUUGCUAAAUCACCCGAGCUGUAUAUUUCAGUUGCUGUUGAGUUGAGUAAGUGCUCUCCGGAGCUUAUUCAACUCUUAAACAUGAGUGUUCAUUUUUCUGUUGGUACACCAGGCAGAAAGGUUGGUCAAGAUGACAUUAUCAAGGCUCCUGUUACGAAAUGUGACAGUGGGACACAAACGGACACACACUUCAUGGAAUCUAACAUUGUCAAGUCUUAUGAAUGGAAUGAGUGGGAAUUGAGACGCAAAGCCCUCAAACUAGCUAAUCUUCGUCAAAGGCUUACACAUUCUGUUCAAACAAAUCUGAGUAAUUUCAAAAUGGAUAACUCGACUCAAGUCUACAUUCUAAAAGCUCAACUUACACAGACCAAGAGAGAGGAUGCAUCAAGUGUUCCUAAACCAGUUACUUAUAUUGCUGGUCUUAGAGGACUCCAGUCUACCUCACCAGUGAAAGUUGAUCUUACUCUACCAGUUGACACUCAUAAUAACAUUACAUCAUAAAAAUACACUUAAAAUACUUCAUUAAAUAAUACAUCAAUGAGAAUUUAUUGCUGAUUUUUUGCAUCAUGAAGUUGCAUGAUUAUAAUAGCUAAAAGUAUUAACUAGCUAUAAC